AUACAGCAGGUAUUAUGGCUACGUGUGUACCUCCAUCAAGAGAGGAUGACACAGCAGACCUACCCAAUUGCCCAAAAUGUAAAAAACGUAUGACUGCACCAAGACUUCUGAGCUGUUGGCAUAUUUUGUGUGAGACCUGUCUUGCUCAUGCCAUAAAGGGGAAGAAGCGUGGAGAAACCUUCCAGUGCUUUGUGUGCAGUAAAAAUGUCCCCGUGCCUUAUGAGGGCGUGUCUGAAUUUCCAGUGCCUUUGUUCCUACAGAGUGAGCAUGUACCCUCCACCAUAGAUGUCCCAUGUAGUCAGCAUUAUGAAGAGAAGGUGACCAUGUACUGUAAAAAAUGUGACACGGCAAUAUGUCAAGUGUGUGUGGUGACAGAGGGCUGUCACAAAGACCACCCCUGUGUCAGUGUCAGGAUAUUGUUUGAUGAAUUGGAUAGUAAAAAAAGACAACUGGGUAAACAAGUUCAGAAACUGAGAGCAAAAAUCACAGAGAAAAAUGAUACCAUUACAAAACUUGACCGCCAGGAGAAAGGACUCAUAGCAGAAGAGGAUAAGGCAGAAAGAGAAAUUCAGACUCAUUCCCAGCAGCUUACUGAUGCUAUAAACAGACAGAAAGAAGAAAUGAAAAGUCAACUCCGUGCCAAAGUUAAUGCUGCAAAGAGACAUAGCGAUAUAAUCAACUCAAGAUGCAGAUUGAAAAUAAUAACAGAACUGUCUAUUCACUUGAUGGAAAAUGCAACGCCCAAGGACAUGAUGCUGCACCAGAAGUCUCUCUCUACUGUAAUGGCUGAACACAAAGCAGAGGCAGAUCAUACCUAUGUCCCUCACAGUGAUGCAAAGGUCAAGAACACAAUUGGGAAAAUAUCUGGGGGAAUUCCAUUCAGUUUAGAGGGAUUGAAACUAGUAGCAGAGUUUAGUGCCAAAGCCAAAGUAGAUAAGUACACUCCAAACAUAAUGGCUCUGGCAGUUGACAAUUCCAUGAAUAUAGUUGUACCAGAUAUGGAGAACAAUAACCUGAAACUAUUUGACAGAAGUGGUAGAUUGGUGUCAGUGUGGUCAGGUGAUGGUAGACAUCAGUUAAGGUGUCCUACAAGUGUGUGCUGUACCAGUGGUGGAAAUAUAGCAAUAUGUAACUGGUUCAAUCAGAAAAUAUUCUUCUUAAAUUCCCAGUGGAAGUUUAAGAUAACUAGAACCAUCACAGUACAUAGUUGUACAGGUGUUGUGUUUUCAAAAGACCAUCUUGUGUGUACAGUAAGUUAUAUUUUUUCAGGACGUGUGGUAAUAUUUAACGUACAUGAUGGUAGUGUAGUGAGAGAGAUAAGGAAAGACAAAGAUGGCAAUGUGCUUUUUAGCCUUCCUUCUGGGAUAGCCUUGACCAAGCAGGGUAAUCUGGUGGUGACAGAUGUUUGGAAGCACUGUGUCUAUGUACUGACCAUGGAAGGGGAAGUAUUACACAGGUAUGGUAGGCCAGGAUCAGCUUCAAAAGGGAUUGACUGUUUAUGUCACCCAUAUGGUGUGUGUGUUGAUCAGUUUGGUCACAUUCUGGUCACUGACAGGGACAAUGACCGUAUCCACAUGCUGUCACCAAAGGCUGAGUUUAUAUGUCAUUUGGUCACUGGGGGGGAUGGUCUGGUAAAACCCAAGGGUAUUGCUUUAGACCAGGAGGGACAUCUUAUUGUGUCAGAAGGCAGUACUGGGAAAAUUAAAGUUUUUGAUUACCUAAUUUAGGACAGGUUAUGAAUACAAGAGGUUCUCUUUGCAUCAAGUGGUAUAGUUUUCUGAAUGGAACCAAUCUUUCUGGUCCUAACAUGUAAUAAUGGCAUGG